AUGCCUAAUUCGACGUCUGAAUCACAUUUUUCAGCGACCUCUUUGGGCGAAAAGAAAACUCAACGAACUUCGGCUACAGAGGAACCCAUUAUGCCGCCAAUACGAACACUACCGCGCCAAACAGGUCAGAUCGAAGCUAAGCCCCAUGUAGAUUAUCAGAAUAGACUAUGGUCUCAAAUUGACGUUCUGGACGAUGUGCGGCGGAUGGCCCUCGAGCAAGAUAAGUAUGAGCAGUUCCCGCAAGGAUUCGAAGAUGGUUUGCAGCGGCUGCGCGAAGCACACAUCAGCCUACUUCAGACUAUGAACAAAAGACGAGAAGAGCAAAAUGAACAUUCAGAGAUCUUUGAGGGUGGGAGCGAGCGCGAAAUGCAGCUCGUAGACGAAGUGACCCGUUGUUUGCGCGGACUACGGGAUUAA